GUGGAGAGAAAAUAUAUAGGCACGGGCGCAAGUGGUGCGCGGGCAGGGAACAGAAGUACCAGAACAGUCGGAGUCGGGCCGUAUACUUGGAAGCCAGCCAGUUCGAAAAGCGAGUGUAAGGCGUAAGCGCGCCGGCCAGUCAGUGUAUUCGUCUAGCAGUCGCAGAGCUCGCUAGCGAGCGCCAGAAGGAAGGAGGCUUUUUCUGUUGCGCGUCGCAGAGGACUUUAUCGCGAGCAGCCGCACCAGUACACGGAGGGGAAGGGGACGUCGAUAUAUCGCGCUCGGCUGCUGCUUCUGCUGUUCAGCUGCUGCCGGCGGUGUGCUCUGCUCGUCGCUCUGCGCCUCGGUGUUGAUUGUCGCUUCUUCUUUGUCGUUUUGCGCGCGCGCUCCUCUCUUUUGUUGUAUAUUUUUUCGUCGCUGCCGCCGCUGCCACGCAGUUAUUAAUUAGGCAACGAACGCCGGCGCUUCCUGUACUUCCGUCGAAAAUCGCACAAGUAGACACCUGGCGCAAAUAUCGAUCGUGACCUUCGGACCCUCAAGUGUGAUCGUGAUUUAUAUCUCCAAACUUUUUUACGAGUGGACUAUUUUUUUCAAAACAAAAAAUUUGGUUGACAGAUGAAAAAAACUUGCACAAGAUGGCCCCGGAUCUUGCAUUAAGCACAGGUUGCUUUUUAUUAGAAAAAAAUAGACAUUCGCCAAGAAUCUUUAAUAAACUGGCUAUGAAACUGGACAUUUCUAAAGUUAAUACUAAAUUGGAUUUUAUGAAGUCAUUAAACUUGUACUGCACGGUAAAUUCUGAAGAAUCAUUUUCAAAAGUUAAUAACUGGGAAGUUGUCUUACCUAGAAAUAGUUUGCCUCUAAAACAAUGUUCAGUUGUGAUAAGUGUUGUGAAGUGCAAUAUCUGUGGAGAAUCAUUAAACAAUCAAGCAGAUGUGGAGCACCACAAAAAUUUACAUAACCGUUUGGCCGGUUUGACAGAUAACGGUUAUGCUAGUGGUGACGACAGCGCGAAAGAGUCGAAUGAAAAAGAAAAUAUGAAAGAAAAUUGCACCGAAUGUAACAACAACAAUACUAUGAACUAUACAGAAAAAGCUAAGGGUAACAAAAAACAUGGACACAGAAGAAGAAGUAAAGAUGCCGUCACAAAAGUUACUCUCAAAAUUGGAGGUGAAGUUAUUUCAAAAGUUUAUUGCAAAAAGAAAUACUUAAGGAAAGGCUGUUCAAAAGAAGACAAAAUCAGUGGGAAACAUUAUCACGAAGAUUGCAAGAAUUGUAACGAGAUCAAGGACAUGUUACGUAAUAGUAAAAUUAAUAGUGCGGGUGUGGCUCAUGUCCCGGCAUCCGACGCGAAACGAGAUGAAAAAUCAUAUGAUACUAAUCAGUCCGAUUGUAAUGCGGUGCGACUUCGAAAAAUGGCGGCAGCACUUGUGGAACUUGAGCUGCGACAAAAAGCUUAUCGUGAAAUCGAAGGUUCAGACUUUUUCAGCGAGGAUGAAUUUAGUGAAGAGAAGAAUUGUGAAGAUGAUGCUGUCGUACCAAUUGUCGAUGAUGAUCUAGUUGAUUCAAACGAUAUUGAUGAUGAUAUCCAAGAAAUUCUACGGAAAUCCAGAAGUACACACGAGUUAGAUGUGUAUAAUACAAGUAAUGAAUCUAAUACUUAUUAUGAACAAAAGAUUCUCACACCAACACAAGAUUACGAAAUUAUUACAAUUGAUGAUGAAGGUUGCGACCUAGAAGAUGAUUGUGUUAUUAUUGAAGAAAGGUUAGGUAAUCAAAAUUUAACAGAUCCAGAGAAUAGUUAUGUCUUCCAUGUUGAAAACAAAGAUAACUUUACAAACGAUGUUUCCGGCGUGAAAGACAAAAAGGCUUUAUCAGAAAAAAGAUUGUUAACCAACGAUUUGCUUGAAAACAAUCUAAGUGUCUCAAAAAAGAGAAAAACGGAAAACGAAUUGAAUUUACGAACGGAUGGCUCCGAAAAUUUGGAAGCUCAUAAAAUACAAAAAGAAAACAAAAAUUACCAAACACCUUCUAUUAAGCUCAGUCAGUUUGCGCUACCACUAAGACUGAUUAAUUUCUAACGAGAUCCAUUUGUUUCCAUGCGUUUUACGUUCCACCUUAGGCUGUUAUAUUAUUAUUUUAAUAAUUAGUACGAAUAGUUAAGUGAAAAAAUCAUCUGAAUUGGAGAUUCUUUUAUGCGUCCAACCGUGUAAUAAACAAUAAAGUUAUAUUGUAAUAAACGACUGAUGAAUGCGAACUAUUUUUGUAUAGCACUGAAGGCUUUUUUUACAUAACAAUAAUAUAGCUCAAAGCAAAAAAGUA